AUGGCGCCGACAAACCAUAUCAGCUACUCAUCAUUUACCCGCCUCUCCCGCCCUCCAGCGGGAUCCAGCAGAAUCAGCCAGCAUUGCUCUGAGCUUAUUCCUGAUCGCCCGGGACAAGGGAAAUCACUCAUUCAAUUAAAAUACUCACGGUACAGUGAGCGGAAGAUUCCCAUCAGCUCUAGAUCGUUUCCACCGCUGUCCAAUCCGCUGCUCUACCGCACAGAACGUCUAACGUGUUCCAGCCCACCGACGACGACGAUCCACGCGAAGCUGUGUCUGGUCCAGGCCAACAGUCCAUCAUCAGCCUGCGUAAAUCGUCCAGCGUCGCUUCUCCCGUUAAACAACUCUGCAUUGUCGUCCUUUGCCUUUACCUCGCAAGCGUCAUCGUUACCAGCUUUCCCACGCCCCCAACCCACACCACAGAGCCCUAUCUGCGCAAGAACCACCAUUGCCAAUUGGUGCGCUUGUUCAGGGGCUUCCGGAAUCUCCAUCCACCCCCCAUCUGUCAAUCGCCAGCUAUCUUUACUCUUUCUGCUCUUCUGCGCGUCUUCCUUCAUCCAAUCGCCAACGACACGGGUUUUCAAGUUCUCAGGUUUUCCCGUCUUCCGACGUGCUCACGUCGAUUUCUCCUCGGCUUCCUGCUCGUCGUUGCUCAAUCCAGUCGCAUCAAUAGCCCGUGACCUUCAAAAUGAAGUUGCCAAUGCUCCCGCUGUGUGA